CUUUAUUCUAAACAAUUUUGUUUAAUUUAAAAUCGGAAAUAAAAUUAUGAAACCCUAGCCUCUCCGUUUGGUUCCCGAGAAAUUAAAAGCUUGAGAUUUAAAGAAAGAUGGAGGACCUUUUUGUUGGGAUUCUUACUAUGCUUCUUAUUGUUGCGUUAAUUCCACUCUUCCUGUGGAAACGCCGUCGGGAUUCUCAAUCACAAGAUGAAAAUGAAGAAGAGCGUGAGGUUCCAAGGAGGGAAACAGUUGUACGCGCUACUGGUGCUCGUAGAAUGCGUCGGAGACCCGCUGCUGGAGCUAGCACAUCAACAGCUGCAGCAGCAGCAAGUGUUGAAGAAACUGCUGCUGAAAGUGAUGAAGAAGUUGUUGCGGGUGAGUAUGAGGCCAAAGCAUCAACGAAAAAGGAAAAGAAACGGCAAGAGCGUGAAGCACAACGCCAGGCUGAACAAGCUGCAAGAGAGUCAAGGCUAACUAAACAGGACCGGUAUGCAGAAAUGCGAAGGAGGAAGGAUGAGGAACGUGAGGCAAAUGAGCGUAUGCUGGAAGAAGAAGCCAUGGCUCGAAAGGCCAGGGAGGAGGAAGCUGCUGCAUUAGAGUUUGAGAAGUGGAAAGGUGAAAUUUCAAUUGAUGCUGAAGGUACUACAGAGAAUGAAGUGCAGGAUGGAAAUCAGGACAUGCUUUCUCAUUUCGUUGAAUACAUAAAGAACCACAAAUGUGUUCAAUUAGAAGAUAUUGCUGCAGAAUUCAAGUUACGCACUCAGGAAUGUAUCAAUCGGAUCACCUCCCUGGAGAGUAUGGGGCGACUUUCUGGAGUAAUGGAUGAUAGAGGAAAAUACAUAUACAUCUCACAGGAAGAAAUGAAAGCUGUUGCAGACUAUAUCAAGCGUCAGGGGAGGGUUAGCAUUUCACACUUAGCUAGUAAGUCCAACCAGUUCAUUGAUUUGGAGCCAAAAGCCCAGUUUGUUGAGGAAAUCAGCAACGUGGAGGAGAUCAGUGUCUCUUGACCCAAGUGUAUCUAUGUCAUAGAUUUAUAGUAGUGGUACACCAAGUGCACAAUGAAAAAGUAAAGAGGCUUUUAUUCGCUUUUGUGUACAUGCCUUCUACAUGAUUAACAACACACACAUCUUUUGCUGCGAAGAAAUGCAAUAGUUUGACACUAGGCUUCUAUACACUAUUCUGCCAAAAACAAGAAGCAGAGAAAAUUUUACUUAAAAACUCCACAUUGCUAAUGUGUUGACAUUUUAUAAUGUUUCUUCGGCAAGAACUCGACAAGUUUUGAUUAAUUUGAAGAAACAAGGGUCCAAUACCCUAUUCUCUUGUA